GCUUGUUUAACUUAAUAUUUAAAUUAAUGACAAUAAUGUAGUUUAAAUUAUUCUAGUGGGAGUCUCUAUCGACAACAAAAGAAUUUCAAACAGUCGAGUCAAACAAAUGAAACUAAUGAUUACUAUCACAUCACUUGUUGUCAGUCACAUGAUCCUAGUUUGAUAACACCAUGUCUUCUGUUAUGUUUUGUCCAAAUUCUUUGUAAUUUCAGGGAGAGGUGGGAGAGAAAGCGAGAGAGACAGAGAGAGAGAGGGGGAGAGAGAGGGAGAGAGAGAGAUGGCAACGGGAGGAGGAGGAGGAGGAGCAAGUAGAUUGCCGACAUGGAGGGAGAGAGAGAACAACAAGAGAAGAGAGAGGCGAAGGAGAGCCAUUGCGGCGAAGAUAUUCUCCGGACUGAGAAUGUAUGGCAAUUAUAAUCUCCCCAAGCAUUGCGAUAACAAUGAAGUUCUCAGAGCUCUUUGCAACCAGGCUGGUUGGAUUGUUGAGCCCGAUGGCACCACCUAUCGCAAGGGAUGCAAGCCUGUAGAACAUGUGGAUGCUAUGGGAGGAUCUGCACCAGUGAGUCCUUGCUCGUCUUAUAACUUAAGUCCCUGUGCUUCUUACAACCCUAGUCCCAUGUCCUCUUCCUUCCCUAGCCCAGCUUCAUCCUCUUAUGCUGCUAAUGCAAAUGUAGAUGGCAAUUCCCUCAUCCCGUGGCUCCAAAACCUAUCAUCUUCAUCCUCAUCCGCCUCUUCCUCCAAGUUUCAGCAUCAAUAUAUGCAAACUGGCUCCAUCAGUGCUCCGGUCACUUCUCCUUUGAAUUCCCCAGCUCGAACCCCUCGAUUUAGAACUGAAUCUGGCUGGAAUGCACCACAUUACUCUUCAGUCCCUUUCUCCACUCCACCAAGCCCUGGGUAUCAGAUCUUCCCAAAUCCAGAUUGGUUCAAAGGCCUCCGAAUUCCACAGAGCGGCCCGUGUUCUCCAACGUUCAGCCUUGUGUCUCCAAAACCAUUUGGCUUCACGGACGAGGCUCAAGCAGGCAACGGUUCUCGUAUGUGGACUACUGGACAGAGCGGGAACUGUUCUCCCGCUUUGGCAGCAAGUAUGGACCAGGAUGCCAAUGUGCCUAUGGAUGUAUCCCUAUCAGAUGAAUUUGCAUUUGGAAACAACACAAAGAAGCAAGUGAAGCCGUGGAAAGGUGAAAGGAUCCAUGAAGGGUUCGUUUCAGAUGAUCUCGAGCUCACUCUGGGAACCUCACAGACAAGGUAAGAAGGUGAAGCAAUCCGAAUACAAGCGGUCUCAUUGCCAGUCUCGAACUAUGUUAUCUUGUUCUAAGAACAGAAUAGAAGCCUUCUGUAUAGUCUGUAGUCAUCUUCAUUAUAAAUGUUCUGUCUGGAGUAUGAAAUUAAUUCAUGUGUUCUCACCUAUGUCUAUCGCCUCGUUCACUUUGUGUUCAGUGAGAUAUCUUCGACAUUAUAUUCAAUAUAGAGCUGCAAUGAUUCGGGUGGUUUUAAAA